AUGGGACAAGUGUUCUCAGCCAGCAACAAGUUCAAUGCAGGCGAAAUUUCAGUGAUGGGUGAUGGAGAGACCCCUAAAACGCCAGCAGAUGCAAAUUCUAAUUUUUUCGCCGUUGAUCCAAGAUCUCCGACUUAUGAGUAUGAUAGAACCCCAAUCAGAAUAGACAAAGCAGGAGGUGAUGGAUCAAAUGCAAGUCUUAAUAACGACGAGAACUCUCCCAUAUCAUCUAAAGCUGGAUCACGUACACGUUCAUUACACCAACGGCUGAUGGUGAAAAAGAUGUCAAGCCAGGAGUCGUAG